AUGCUUUAUAACUUAAACUUUAUUAGGUGCACGUAUGAAGGAAAAUAUGGAACUGCUGAUUACGCAAGGCCUAUUCAGACGUCUUUGGUUCUAAAUAGAACGUUGAAGUUGUACGUCUUCCUCAAAACUGAGCCAAAAAGAAAAAAAGUCUUGGAAAUCAUUGACUUGAGAGUAAGUCAGGAGGAGAGGAAGGCGCAUAGAUUGGCCGUUUGUGCAGGUCCGGUUUGGUUAUAUGCUAAUUGGGCUAGCCUACCAUUUUUUUUUGAGACGAGGAUCACAAAUGGUGCAACAAAAUUUUAUUUUUAUGUCAACAGUAUCACAAAGGAAGUUGAUGGAAUUUUUCGCCUUUACGAAAACGAUCCAACUAUUAGUCUGGAACGUAUUCUGUGGAAUCAGUUCCCUACAGAAGCAGACGUUCCAGAUGAAGAAAAUCCUAACAACCUUAUACAAGUCGGCGCGCAGGUCUUCGUAUUUAAUGAUUGCAUUCUCCGAGCGACAGGAAAUACAGAUUACUUGGCAUUGUCAGAUCUUGAUGAAAACUUUGUGGCUUUUGACAAUCGUACACUGUUGUCGACUCUAGACAGCCAGUUAGAGAAAAACAAAAAUAUUGCUUCCAUUAUGUUUCAGAGUACAUAUGGAGAGCUAAUUGUAGUGGUUAUUCCUGAAAGAAUUUUGUCCCAGGGUGUGCACGAAACUAUGAAAGUAAUUAAACCGUUUAAAAAAAUUGUUAUGAAUCCAAAUAUCAGCCAAGUGUAUCACAUUAGAGAACGUGUGCCAGUAUGGAAUUCAAGAUACUUGAAACGGCUAGAACAGGAAAAUCUACGCUUAAAAAACUAUAGUAAUCCAGGCUAUCUGACUCUCAAACGAGUGUAUUGGAAAAAUGUUGGUUUAAAGGUAAUAGCCUUUUGGAAACUGAAAAUAAUUUUGAAGUGUCUUUUUUAUGCUGUGAAACUGUUUUUCGUUUAGGU